AUGCUUUGGUUCUUGAGGACUGACCCGAAUCGAUCUAUGGAUGCAAACGCAAUGCAACACAAGUCGUUUGACCAAGUCGCCGGAUGGUACUCGGGUAGUGCUGCUCAGUCCACAGGGCUCAGCAUCUGGGAGGUCGUCGGCUGCCAAGCAGCGGGCUAUUCUCUGAUCGCCAUCGUCUUCGUCGUCAACGGACGCCCAGGAGCUGUGUACCAUGUCGGCUAUCCCAUCCUCAACCGUGCAGCAUUUGGCGUCUAUGGUGCUUGGUGGCCUACGCUGAAUCGCGCCAUCAUGGCUAUCGUGUGGAACGGUGUUAAUGGUGUUCAAGGAGGACAAUGCAUCUAUGUCAUGUUGCAUGCCAUCUUCCCAAGCAUUGCAACCAUCCCCAAUAAGAUGGGCAAAGGAUCGGCGCUUACAUCAGGAGGCAUGAUCGGCUACACCAUAUUCUGGCUGCUAAUCUGCGGUGUCCUCUGGGUCAGAAUCCCAAAGAUGCGUAUCUUGAUUUAUAUCAAACUCGCAGUGUAUAUCCUUUCCGCUGUCUCCAUGCUUGUUUGGACUCUUAGCCUGGCUGGUGGCGUUGGUCCCGUCCUCUCUCAGGGCUCCCGUGUACAUGGAUCGCAAAAGACUUGGCUCAUCGUGCGCUUCGUCUGGCUCUUCGCGGCCAACUGCGCUACGUUUGCAAGUAAUGCUGCAGACUUCCAGCGUUACGCACGAAAGCCCAAUGACGUUAUCCUUGGUAAUCUGGUCGGCUUCCCGCUGGCUGACUGUUCCGUGGUUAUUGUCGGGAAUAUUGUGGCGUCAACAUCGACUAUCAUCUUUGAUGAGAUGGAAUGGAACCCAAUCAUGUUGCUGGAUCGCAUACAGACGGAGCACUACUCGUCGGAGAACAGAGCUGCAUGCUUCUUUGUGGCGCUAAUGUUUGCGUAUUCGGCACUGUUCUCCUCGGUAUUCGAGAAUAGCAUUCCAGCUGGGAACGACAUUGCCGCACUUGUGCCCAAGUAUAUCUCCAUCCGCCGGGGCAUGUUCAUCUGCCAGGUGGUAUCCGUCCUCAUCAAUCCUUGGUUCCUCCUUGGCUCGGCAUCUAUCUUCAUCCAGUUCCUAGGCUCUUACCAGAUCUUCCUCGCGGCCAUCACCGGCAUUCUCAUUUGCAACUACUAUGUCAUCUCGCGUGGCUCGCUAGUCGUUUCUGACUUGUACACCGGCGAUAAAUCUGGCGCGUACUACUUCACUAAAGGGUGGAACAUCCGAGCCUACAUCGCAUAUGUUGUCACUGUGGCAGUUGGGUUCGCCGGCUUCCUGGGCAAUAUGGGCGUUAAGGUCCCUCUUUGGAUCACCCGCAUGUACUACUUUGCCUACCCGAUUGGCAUCUUUGUGUCGUUUGGCGUCUUUCUGCUCUGUAACCUCGUUGUUAAGCCUGCUCAUAUCGUACCUUUCAGCAAGUGGCUUGAACCGAAGAACUACAUCCGACCAGAAGAUGACACCGGGACGAUCUUAGAGAGCGUAGACUCUGAGAGACGAACUACCGAUAGUCCUACGGCGGCUGUUGGUAGGAAGGGAAUAAACAUCAUCUAA